CGCACAUCUCACAUUCACUUUUAUAGCCUACAGUGUGCUAAGUGUAAUAAAGUCUUGAGUAAACAGUGAGGGUAACAAAACUACACGGCAUUUAUGCAGCUUGUAUCUGUAAUUAGUGCAGUUAGUCCCACCCUAAGACCCAGCCUCUUUCCGCGUUAUUUCUCCAGAGCGCAGCGCUGUCCUCUCCUCGCCACGGGGACAGAACACAGGGGGACAUUCAGACCGUUUUCUAGGCUACGCUUCUUCUCGACCCUUUUUGUACUUUGAAUAACCAUGUGGCAAAUUCAUCCCUGGAAUGCGAUUAAUGGAGAGCUUGUUCAGGUUGAUACUGUCACUAGAUGUCCAGUCGAAUGUCAUACGUGGAAUGGGGCGGCGAAACUCCACUUUUAUUUCUCCUAACAUCGAGAGUGACUUUGUGACACGGCUUGAAAGGCGUUCAGCAAACCGAUACCAGCCCAUGGAACAAGAAUGAAAACAAGGUACUUAUUACAGAGACUCAGAAGAAAGCAGUUUAUUCCUUCACUCCUGUCACUGCUGACUCUGUGUGUCCUGCUAUUGGUCAGUGUGAAAUACAGCUACAUCACCAACUCUUUACUUCCGCCAGCAGCUUCAGAUGACAUUCAGACAUUUCACAAAUACAGUAUUAACUGUUCGGCUAUAUAUGACAUGGACCCAGUGGAGGUGGGUAAGUCGCUGAUCAUCAGAAGGAAACAAAUUGUGGAGGACAAGGAUGAAAGUCUGGCUAACCUCACCUUAAACUGCCCAUUAUUCAUCAAGUCCAGAGGUUAUGAUGAUGUGUGCAUGUCAGAGGAGGAGAAUGACUUUCCUCUUGCUUAUUCGCUGGUUGUUCAUAAAUCUGCAUGGAUGGUAGAGAGACUCAUCAAAGCGUUGUACUCACCCAGUAAUAUCUACUGCAUCCACUAUGAUCAGAAGUCUUCAGCUAAGUUCAUCUCAGCUAUGGAGGGAUUAGCCCGCUGUUUACCCAAUGUCUUCAUCGCUUCCAAGCGAGAGUCUGUCUUCUAUGCGAGCAUCAGUCGACUGAAAGCUGAUCUCAACUGUCUGUCUGACCUUUUGCAGUCAGAAGUCAAGUGGAAGUAUGUCAUCAACCUCUGUGGCCAAGAUUUCCCCCUCAGGUCCAAUAUCGAGCUGGUGUCAGAACUUAAGAAGUUGAAAGGAGAUAAUAUGUUGGAGACAAGCCGACCCUCUCAGUCUAAGAAACAGAGGUUCAGUUUUCACUAUGAGCUGAGAGAUGCCAACUUUGAAUAUCAAAAACUGCCCGUGAGAACAGGGCAGAUAAAGACCCCACCACCACACAGUAUUGAGAUGUUCUCCGGCAAUGCCUACUUUGUCUUGUCACGAGACUUUGUUAGGCACAUGAACUCCUCAGUUGUGGUGAAAGAUUUUCUGGCCUGGUCGGAGGACACCUACUCACCAGAUGAACACUUCUGGGCCACACUUGUGCGACUGCCAGGUGUACCCGGGGCGGUGCCGAGAUCCCGGCCUGACAUCUCUGACCUUAUGAGUAAAACCAGGUUGGUGAAGUGGCACUACCUGGAGGAGAACCUCUACCCACCUUGCACAGGGCAACACAUUCGCAGCGUUUGUAUUUUUGGUGCGGCGGAAAUGCGUUGGUUACUCAACUAUGGUCACUGGUUUGCCAAUAAGUUUGACCCCAAAGUGGACCCCAUUAUCAUUCAGUGCCUUGAGGAGAAGCUGGAGCAAAAACAAAAGUUAUUCCAAUCAGUGGCAUCUUAUAAUUGUCAUAAGGGUUAACCAAAAUCUGCAGUGUACUGCAGAGCAGCAGUGAAAGUGGAUUAGUGGAUUUAUCAAUUUUGAGUAAUAUUUCAAGUGAAAUGUCAAACCUUUUAUAUUUUUAGCUUCUCAAAUGAGAUGUUUUUUGUCUUACAUGAUUUGAAAUGACUGUUGAUUGAACAAAACAAAACAAAAACUUGUUAUUAUUUUGGGUUUUAAAAUAUGGUGAAGAAACAAUUUCAUACAGUUUUCUGUUGUUUUAUAAACCAAACAAUUAAUGGAUAAUGAAAAUAAUUAUUUGUACCCAUGGACAAUAUGUAGUAUUUGUUACAAAAUACGGAUUGAUGAUUGAUGAUAAAAGAUGGCACAUAUAUAUAUAUAUAUAUAUUCUUUCAUUCUGAUGUUCAGAAGAAUCAUUUUAAAAGUUUAACUACUACACAUUAAAAGUCUCUUUUACUGAAAAUCAAUUGAGUGUAUGUGUUGAAUACUGGACCUUGUGUAAGUUGAUUACUGGACCAUGACUGGCUCCAAAAUACAGUCACAGGAAAAAUUGUGUGAACUCUUUGGAAUUACCUUGAAUUCUGCAUAAAUUGGUCCUUACUUUUUAUAUAUUUAUAUUUAUGUUCAUCGUAUGUAAAAAUGUACCUGGCAAUAAAACUAAUUCUGAUUCUGA